AAUCACAAUCCGCCGAAGAUGCCGUCAACUCUGCCCGAGCAUGCGCUCAAUGCGCUGUAUGGAAGCUACUUAGCAUUGUCGGGUUGUGUGCAAGCCCUGUUGCAUGUCGAGUUUCGGCGGUCGUACCGCGGGCCGAUUCUCUGGGUCAUCAUGAGCACCGCCGCCAUGGCCCUCGUCGCGCACACGUUGGCCUUUCCCAUGCACGUACUUUUGUGGCUCGGGGGAUUUACUAAGUACACCCGGCCGACCUCCUUCUUCGCUGUCUUGACCGAGUGUGAUGUAGACUCAAAACCAUGUUGGCCUACGCCAUGCACCGAAGCAUAGCGGCCGUGCCAUUCCUAUGUGUAGCUGGAACUCGUUACGUGUACCCAGCCUUGUUCGAGCAGUUGUUUUGUUUGGGUGUGAAAGUGGCGAAUCCGCCGUUGGCCAAAACGCUGUCACAGAUACAAAUCAACUACUUUACAUGGAAAUAUGUGUCGUCGGUGCUGCGAUAUAUGGGAUACAGGGCCGUGCUCAUGGUGAUUUUGGCCACGGGGUCGGUGGUGUUGACGCCGUUGUUUGGUGGGGUGUUUGCCAUCGUCGCAUUUAGUUACAAAGUACGGCGCAUGGAAGUGGUGUUUGGUCUGUCGUUAGUCGGUCUCUACUGUGUCCCAGCCACGCGAUCCACCGCUCUCGACUUGGUCCGCACCUGGUUUGACUCGCGCACCAUUGCAAGGGAAUUGUUUGCACCGUUCGUGGAUCGACAACUGGCGUUAAAGGCACUGAACCUUCCCCAUCUUGACCCACACUACGUUGGUGUGCCCAUGCUAAAAUGGCCCCAACAUCAAGCUGUGCUGUUUGGGUUUUCAUACACGUUGAGCUAUUUGAUGCAAUAUGCGUACAUCGGGCCGUUCGUGUGGCUGCUUGGGUCGGUGGCAGCUGGCCACGUAACUGCGCUUUUGCUUCAGUCCCACCGUUCAGCGUGUCCAGUCAAGUAACCCAGGCAACAACACCCUUUAGAUUAAACAGGAUAAGAUAGCACGCUUAACGUUAUUAGUAUAUGCAUUCACCAC